AUGGACUCCAGUCUCGAGUUCCUCGGUUCCUUUGACGUUUCUGACUCUCAAGGCACCAUAGUAGCAUCUGCGGAGGAGGUUGACGAGGCACAGGAGGAGGAGUUGUUGUUUUCGGUCCGUUGUCGUACUCGACCAACGCCUGGUACAGAUAGCUCUGGGGACGAGGAGGAGGAGGAGAAGAAGGCAGGAGAUGAAGGGGUGAUAGGUGCCCCAACUCCACCGACAAAGAAGAAGGCUGCCAAGAAGGCUGCUAAGAAGCCCGUUCGUGAGACUAGAGAACUCCCGCCUGUACUAGAUUUCGACAAUAUCUUUCGCCACUACAAGGAUGGACACCCAGCACAAUCCAACCUUCCCCGUGCACUUCGACUCGACAGUGAACUAUCACCAUUGACAAUUUUCACACUCUUCUUCUCCGACCCAGUAUUGACGGAUUUGGCAGACAACACUAACGCAUAUGCAGCAUCAAAAGGAGCCGGCACAGGAGAGGGAUCGCGCCAAUGGGUAAAGACCACACCUGACGAACUGCGCACAUUCCUCGGCAUCAUUGUCUACAUGGGCGUGUUCAGGCAGAACUCUGUCUCUGAGUAUUGGUCAACCUUCCCUGAAUGUCCUCAACACAACAUCACUACCUUCAUGUCCCUCGUCCGCUUCGAACAACUGAAGCGUUUUUUUCAUGUCUCCAACCCCAACGAGCCUGAGCAACAUUGGUUCUCAAAAGUAGAGCCUCAGGCUUCAUCCGGCCCAGAGCGAGCAGCCGACGUCGAUGGCGCGGGCAUGUCUACUCACACAACAACAUCUACACGGCAGGCUUCAUCCAGCCCAAAACGAGCAGCCGACGUCGACGAUGUGGACACCGCCGACACUGCUUCCUCUAACAAACGCCUCCGACCCCUCCAAAUCAGCUCCGGGUCGUCGACUCUCGUUGAAGACAUGCAGCGAUUGCUGGCAACACAGCCAUCCCAGAUUCGGUUCGACGAGAGCGGCGCUCUGACCACAAUCUGCGCCCAGGAAAAGGUCAUUGAUUUUCGAUCUGUCGGAGCCGCAAUUGAGAAGAUUCUCUCCUCACGAUUGUCUAAGGACAUCACAAUGCUCCAUAUGGAUGGUCUACGAUCAAUGGAGAAGGAAUGGGCGCACGGCAAACGAGAUCAGGCGCUGUCCAAGCAGUUGGAAACACUUGAACGAGAUUACACGGAGGGCAAGCUGCACAACAAAAGACAGCUAUACAAACGCCUGAAGGCGUCGUACCGAGCACCACCGGAGGCAUUGCGCGCCGUUUCGGAAGUACUGCGUCAGAGUGGAUGGACGAUUUGCCAAUGUCUCAACCAAAGCGACACGUGCAUUGCGCGGACAGUCAACAACGCUGCCGUACCCGGAGAUAUCCGAGUUAUCACCAAGGACUCCGAUCUCAUGGCAUUCGAGUCAAUCAUGUCCGUCACCAUGCCAGUCAAGAACACUUGGACUACUUUCCACAAAGAUGAGCUUCUGAACGAGCAUGGCCUUCCGACCCCUGUACAUCUAACGCUUGCCGCUCUGGUAUCGAACAACGACUACACCAACGGAGUUUUUUCCUAUGGCUUGACAUCCAAUGUCGAUACGAUCCGUCAGUUCAAGAUGACAGGUCUUGAUGGAACGGUUGGCCAAGAUCGAGUGGAGGUGGUUCGGAUCUAUGUUAGGCGCUACCUUGACAUAAUACACCAAAAGGCCCGUACAAUCAAGGACUCAGCCACCCAAAGCGCACGUCGUCGACUGCGAUGCAAUCCUAACCCAACGGUGAAGGCACACGACAAGGAUCUGAGGAGGAUCGAAACGGCCGAUCGACAGCUGCGUGUAGAUGUGACAGAAUUCGGCCAUGCUCUCAAGACAUUCGGGGCGGCGACAGACGCAGAGGCAACGCCACCACCACUCCCAACGGCACCCAAGGCAGGAUCAGCACCAUAUCCGCAAGCUACAUCAGCGGGAUCACCUUCCAUCAGGCAGACGCAUGGCCCAGCCGAACAUCCACCAUCGCACAAGCAAAAGAUUAAAAAACAACGCCGACAUGGUUCACGUGCCCUCCAGCGGCGACGACAGAAGUGGCGUCGUUCCAGAUUCCGCUCGCGCACAGACGUGCAAGAUCGCUAUGUGCCGGACACUGUUUUCCUAGAAAAGGCCAGCCCUGUUGAUGUCGUGGAACUUUCAGGAUUGAAGCCGUCGAUCCCCCGUCCUUCAAAGCCCAAGGAGCAAUCCCCCCGUAUCGACCAAGUGCCUGCCCCCGCUGCCAAGAAGAAAAAGAAAAAACUCCUUGGCGAACCUAAAGGAAUAGCUGGACCCAAGGCCUUGAAGAGAGCGUUCCAGUCUGUUUUCGCAACGGUCACGCUCACGACUGGAUCCCUGCAAGGCUGCCUAGGAAGAUCAACCAAUCUGUCGAAAGCAGAGGUUGCGCAGCUAACCCAACACGUGAGUUCGGCAGUCUCUACCGUCAAUAGCGCCAAACACAUUGUGUACAAGCUUAUCGAGAUGCGCAUUCUACAGCCGCUGAUCGAGACUGGACUGAACCAGGCAGAGGAUGGACCGGACGAGAGCUUCCUAGAGAAGAUCCUGGAUUCCGAUUGGGCGGAAAGGUUUGUCCAAAACCUACUGUCCUUCGUCUUGAGGAAUUCCAUUGUCCCCCAAGGACGUCCACCCGCGUCGGACAAGAGCAAGGAUGCUGUCGCUGAAGCAAUCUCGACGUUUAACGAGUUCAAGAAGACGCUGUGCCCAGGGUUCAAAGCCCUCAACUCAACGGAUCUGGCUUUGAGUAAUAUCAUCGCGGAACUUGCACCCAAGAUCUGCCUAGAUCAGAAACUGCAUUACAGGAGAAUACCGGAGACUCUUAGAACAAAGCUGUCCAUUGAUUGCGAUGGUCUUCCUGAAAUAGAUCAAGAUGACACCGACGCUGGUGGUGAUGCCGGGGCUGCUGACGUUAACGAGGGUGUGGACGACGACGACGCCCUCAAGCGAUCCAAGAAGAUCAUUUUCAAGCCGGGUCAUAUUCAACUCUGCUGGCGAUAUUUCCUCCUCUUACCAUCAUCCAAGCGGCCCCGGUUCUGCACCCAGGCCAAAAUGAGCGAUUCCUUCAUCGACAUCAACGAGGAAGCGUUGGUUGCGCUUCUCUGGGGAGAGAAGGCAGUUCAGUUGGACAACGUAUGGGAGGACACCCGCUACACUCACAACUGGGCAGCGGCAAAACAGCGUUCUUCGUACGGAGAGGUGAUCAAAGAACUAUUCAUCGGUGACCGAGAUGUCAUCAAGGAAGCCAGGAAUAAGCAGCAGACGACAUACGGGAAGAGGACAACAACCAUGGCUGAGCGUGAGGAGGCCCAUCCACACAUCUACGGACAGUUAGAGCUCGCACGGUAUUUGACGAAUAAGGUCAAUUUUUUCCGAGAGCGGCACAACGCCUCCCUCACGGCCCCGACACCACCGUUGCCAUCAUCAACGCCAUCGUCAUCGACGACCUCCACCCCACCGCCUCUUCCCACCCCACGUCAGCAGCCGCGUUCUUACCGCUACGCCCUCAACAACUAUAUCAGGACGGAUGGCCACCAGCUGCAGAUUCUCGCGUAUGACCUUACAAAACCCCGCCAAUCCCCAAAUUACAGUGAGUUUCUUUCUAGGAUCGAGAAGCUUUAUCCAACGCGGCAGCAUCUUAUCGACGCGUUUGGCGACGACCUGGAUUCAGUCAUUGUCGUCGGUAUUGAUCCCGGAGAGGUAGUGAGUGGUGCAUUUUGUUUGACACUUCCCGGUGGAAAAGUCAUCAAUCUGCUGAUCAAGAGGGCCUCCCUAUACCAGCCUACUCUGGCCUUCCGAGAUUGGGAACAGCAUUGGAAAAGGCGACACCCAACAGCUGGUCCAGGCGAUGUUGUCGACUCAUCCCUUUGGACACGGAUUACCGACCUGGACAAGCUCACCACUCUCCCGUCUGUCCACGACCUAGAGAAUUCUCUCCCCUCAACGAACUACGACACCUCGUUGGAUGCUUUGACGGCAGCUCACAAGAAGUACUACGAGCAGGAACCGCUGAUCCACGGGAUUUACGCGUCAAGAGAAUGGAAGGUAGCGGCUCACGAGCACAGAAUGGCGAAAAUGUCGGAGUUGGAUCUGGCCGUCGCUGGCGUUUUGCGGAUGGUGGAUGAGGCAUGUGAGGGCGUACCCGUCCACCAAAGAAAAAGUGCUGCGCUCGGAUACAAGGCUGCCCUGGUCGACGAGUAUCUUACUUCCACCAUGUGUCCAACAUGUGUGGUUGAGAACCGAGCCACCCGCCUCGCCAAGCCGUCGAUGAGGACAUGCGCCUGUGUUGAGUGCACUCGGUGGAUUCACCGAGAUGGAGUGGGGGCGCACAACAUCGCUUUGAUCGGAGAACAGUACCUCAAGUCUCUAGGACGGCCCGAGCCCCUUGCAAGACCCCCCAAACAAACCUAA